AUGAUUUUUUUUAUUAUUAAUUAAUUAGAAUUGGAUUUUGGUAAAGGAUCAUUUAUAUUAUAAGAAAUAAAACAAAACGCAAAUUCUUGCGAAUUAGCUGGUCUAUAGGUUAUAAAGUGAUGCUUAAUUUCCCUUUAAAAUUGAAAGUUAUCAUGUAAUGUGCUGUUAAGAUAUUAGUAAACAAAAUGGAGCAACAAUUCUCAUUGUCUUGGAAUAAUUUUCACGGAAACUUGAGCAAGGGUUUCGCAGGAUUAUUGGGUAAUGGUGAAUUUGUAGAUGUUACGAUUGCUGUUGACGGUCACUUGCUGCAAGCUCACAAAGUUAUCCUGUCAAUAUGUUCACCAUACUUCAAGAAAAUGUUUCAAUUAAAUCCAUGUCAACAUCCAAUUGUUGUUUUGAGGGAUGUCACACACAAAGCUAUGAGAGAUUUGUUACAAUUCAUGUACCAUGGUGAAGUUAGUGUUAAGAGAGAAGAUCUCACUAGUUUUAUUGGGACAGCUGAAAUUUUGCAAAUCAAAGGAUUAACAAAUAAAGAGACUGAAGAUGUUUUAGAGACUGAUAAGGAACCUAAAACAAACUUAGAUACUCAUAAUGAUAAUCCUAAUUCUGAAUCAUGUGCCUCAGAUAUGUAUGAUUCAUCUCCUAAUGAUACCCCAGAAACAUAUGAUAUAGAUAUAUUUAAACAAAGAAAUUUACUUGGUAAACUACAGCAAAUCAGUGAAUUAAAAAGAAAAUCAGAAGAGCUUCUAAGAACAAACUAUUAUGGUGAUAUACUUAAUGCAGAAAAGAGACAAAAGUUAAAUGAAAUAUCUACACGAAGUAUAGCUUUUGAAAAGAAUAUGAAAAAAAUUUAUGAUGAGAAUCCUGUUGACAUAACCACAUCAAUAAAUCCAAAUAUACAAAGCCCACAUAAAAAUGUGAUUGAACGAAAUAAUACUCAAAAUGUUCCAGAUAAUUCUGUUGAGCUUAAGACUGAAUGUGAUGACAGUGAUAUUAUAGUAGCAGAUCCAGCUGUUUGCACUUCACAAGACACUUCGGAAGCAAAGAAAAACUUGAUGAUGCCAUUAGACUUGCAGACACCACAAGACAAUUGUGCCGGUCUCAGUGCAUUUUUUAUGGAUCUUAGUCAUUUAGUGAAUGGGAAAGUAUCAAAAUCAAUGGUAAAACCUGUUUAUGAAGAGUAUGCAAGGCCAGGGCUAGACCACCAACUUGUAACAAUACCCCAAAAAGAAGAUGGGAAGAAGAAAUAUCCACAACGGUCUUGUCGUCUUUGUUGGCGUAUAGGAAAACGUCGAGACACAAGAUUCAUGUGUAGUGCUUGUGAACUACCAUUUUGUAAAUCACCAUGCUUUGAAAUUCAUAUGAAUGAUGUUUAUAAAGUAUCAAAAUUUCCAGGAGACUAUUAUGCUAAUUGACACAAUUACUCAUUAAAUUUAAUAUGUUUUAUAAGGGAAGCUUAUUUACUAGUGAUACAAAAGCACAUAUUAUAAAGAAUCAAAGAUUCAAUAUAUUUGGGACCAAAUUAAGUCAUAAAUACAUACAUAUAUAUUUUCAUACAACCAUUUAAAAAUUGAUUUACAAAGUACAUUAUAUACACAUAAGAUUAAGUUCAUAUACAUUAAAUGUAAAACUAUUGUAAUAAGCUGUGAUAUAAGACGGCUUUUGUGUGCCAAUAUACAUACAUACCUUUUUAGUUGGUGCCAUUCCUUUGCCAUAUUUUCAUGAGACUUUCUUUUUGCUCAUAUUCUAGUCUUAAUUUUUGUAUCAUUAUUUUCUUGUAUUAUUCGACUAUGUGUGGGUUGUGUGAGCUUGUUUUACAUUUUGAUCUCUAAUUGGAUUAUUUGGCAAUUUGUAAUUGUGGUUUAAAAAUUACAUUCCAUGAAAUUUAUAUUAUAAAGAUUUAUGUGAGCAUAGAGCUAAGCUAUUUGUGUGAUUUUUAUACAUUUUGAUGUGUUUUAUAUCCAUAUUUUGAUAAAUAAAUAAUUUAAAGUA